AUGGGCUCCGCCAAUUUCGGUUUAGGCGUUGUUUUCGUGACGUUUGUGAGCGGAAUUUUGGCAUCGGCUGAGAAGAUUCCAUUAGGCGCCAUUUUCGAGCAAGGCACCGAUGAUGUCCAAACGGCCUUCAAAUUCGCCAUGUUGCAGCACAACCAAAACGUAUCCAGCAGGAAAUUCGAAUUCCAGGCCUACGUCGAUGUCAUCAACACAGCCGACGCCUUCAAGCUAUCCAGACUGAUUUGCACCCAAUUCUCGAGAGGCGUCUACUCCAUGUUGGGCGCCGUCUCGCCCGAUUCCUUCGACACGUUGCACUCGUACAGCAACACCUUCCAGAUGCCCUUCGUGACGCCCUGGUUCCCGGAGAAGGUGCUCGCCCCGUCCUCCGGGUUCAUGGAUUACGCCGUCUCCAUGAGGCCCGAGUACCACAAGGCCAUCAUCGAUACCGUCAAGUACUACGGCUGGAGGCAGAUCAUCUAUUUGUAUGACUCUAACGACGGUUUGCUGAGACUGCAGCAGAUCUACCAAAGCCUGACGCCCGGCGGCGAGAUGUUCCAGGUGCAGACGGUGCGCCGGAUCACCAACGUCAGCGAGGCCUUGGUGUUCCUGCGGGGCAUCGAGGAGCAAUCGAGGUGGUCGAACAAGUACGUGGUGCUGGAUUGCUCGACGGAAACGGCCAAGGAGAUCGUGGUCGGCCACGUGAGGGACAUCUCGCUGGGCAGGAGGAACUAUCACUAUCUCCUGUCGGGUUUGGUAAUGGACGAAAGAUGGGAAAGCGAAGUUGUCGAAUAUGGAGCAAUUAACAUAACUGGAUUUCGCAUUGUCGAUUCCUACAAACCCUACGUCAAAGAUUUUCUAGAAGGCUGGAAGAGACUGGAUCCCGCCCAAUCUCCUGGAGCAGGCAAGGACAGCGUAUCGGCCCAAGCCGCCUUGAUGUACGACGCCGUUUUCGUGCUGGUCGAAGCCUUCAACAAGGUCUUGAGGAAGAAACCGGACCUCUUCAGGACCAACGUGAGAAGGGGCAUCGCCUUCAACGGCACCACCAAGUCCCUGGAUUGCAAUACCAACGGCAAUUGGGUCACCCCGUGGGAACACGGCGAUAAAAUAUCCAGAUUUUUGAGGAAGAUAGAGAUCGAAGGGCUGACGGGCGAGAUCCGUUUCAGCGACGAAGGUCGUCGCCAGAACUACACCCUGCACGUGGUGGAGAUGACCGUGAACAGCGCCAUGGUGAAGGUGGCCGAAUGGAGCGACAUCGCGGGAUUCAAUCCCGUUGCGGCGAAGUACGUGAGGCUCAAAGCCAACGCUCACAUCGAACGGAACAAAACUUACAUCGUCACCACGAUUGUGGAGGAACCUUACAUCAUGCUGAGGAAGCCCGAACCCGGCGAGAACCUAUCGGGCAACGACAGGUUCGAAGGCUACUGCAAGGACCUCGCGAAUCUCAUAGCUCAAAGGCUCGGCAUAAAUUACGAAAUUAGAAUAGUCAAAGAUGGAAAGUACGGUACUGAAAAUCACGAGGUCAAAGGCGGCUGGGAUGGAAUGGUGGGAGAAUUAGUCAGACAGGAAGCCGAUAUGGCCAUAGCUCCGAUCACCAUCACGUCGGAAAGGGAACGAGUCAUCGAUUUCAGCAAACCCUUCAUGUCCUUGGGCAUAUCGAUAAUGAUCAAGAAACCGAUGAAGCAAAAACCCGGAGUAUUCAGCUUCCUGAAUCCCUUAUCCAAGGAGAUCUGGGUCAGCAUCCUGUUCGCCUACAUCGGAGUCAGCAUCGUGCUGUUCGUCGUAUCCAGAUUCUCCCCCUACGAAUGGAGAUUGCUACACCUUUCGGCCGAUUCCAGAGAUCCCAACAACGGCCAAACGGCGAUGUCGAACGACUUCACCAUGGUGAACUCCUUGUGGUUCUCCUUAGCGGCGUUCAUGCAGCAGGGCGGCGAGCUGUCGCCCAGAUCGAUGUCGGGCCGGAUAGUGGGCGCCUGCUGGUGGUUCUUCACCCUGAUCCUGAUCAGCAGCUACACGGCCAAUCUGGCCGCCUUCCUCACCGUCGAACGCAUGGUGACGCCCAUCAACAGCCCCGAGGAUCUGGCCUCGCAGACCGAAGUCGAGUACGGGACGUUGUUCCACGGCGCCACCUGGGACUUCUUCAGGCGUUCGCAGCUGAGCCCCUACUCCAAAAUGUGGGAGUUCAUGAACUCCAGGAAGCACGUGUUCGUGAGGACCUACGACGAGGGCAUCAAGCGGGUGCGUUCGUCCAAAGGGAAGUUCGCCUUGCUCAUCGAAUCGCCCAAGAACGAUUACACCAACGAACGGGAACCGUGCGAUACCAUGAAGGUGGGCAGGAAUUUCGACGCCAAGGGUUUCGGAAUCGCCACGCCCUUGGGAUCACCGCUAAGAGAUGCGGUGAAUUUGGCGGUGCUGGCGCUGAAGGAAGAUGGUGAACUGACGAAAUUGAAGAACAGAUGGUGGUACGACAGGACGGAAUGUUUGAGAGACAAACAGGAUUCGACGAGGAGCGAGCUGUCCUUGAGCAACGUCGCCGGGAUUUUCUACAUCCUGAUAGCAGGACUGUUCGUCGCCAUGGCGGUCGCCCUGCUGGAGUUCUGCUGGAAAUCCCACACGGACUCCAAGAGGGCCAAAAUACCGUUGGGGGACGCCAUGAAGGCCAAGGCUCGGCUCACCAUCGGAGCCUGCAGGGAUUACGACAACGGAAGGCGCGAAAGAUGUCCACGACACCUGGGGGAUAGUGCGCAAAAUACGCUGUCGAAACAGCGCAAACGCUCCCAAGGGUACAUUGUUAUAUAA